AUGAAUUAUUUCAGCUUCAGCAGACGCGGCCCUGGGAAUAGAGAACAGAGUAGCGCGCCGUUGAUGGAGCAAAAUUCAUUCGACCCCUCCAGCGGUAUCGGCCUUUCUAGCCUCAACACUCCGUCCCAUUCCCUGUCACAUGCGGCGGACAAUGGAAAGCCACAACGCGUACCAUUCAGAUUCAAAAACAUGGACUGGGCCGGCUCCUGGGCAUGGGAGAUCGGAGGCGCUGUCUUCAGCGUCAUCUGUGUCGGCUUGUUGAUGGGCUUUCUGGGGACUGUUAACGGGAUGCCCUACGCUAAAUACCAAUACUCGGUCUCGCCAAAUGCUGUGGUUUCCAUCAUCACCAUGUGUAUCAAGGGCGCAAUGCUCAUUCUGGUAUCCUCCUGUCUGGGCCAGGUCAAGUGGAAACAGGGCCAACAGCAGAAACCUUUCCCACUGUACAACUUUCAUGUGCUGGAUCAGGCUAGCCGCGGCCCUUGGGGAGCCAUGGAGGUAUUCUUGAGGGUCCGAUCAAUCCUCGCGAUUGCCGGUGCAAUAUUAAUGGUUUUAUCAGUCGCGAUCGAUCCCUUCUCCCAGCAGAUCCUCGCCUUUCCAUCCCGACAAGUCCUGGCGAGCAAUCUGACCGCAUCGGUGCAAAGCACUCAAGAAUAUCAACAGGAGUGGACCAACCACCCCUUUCCACAGAAUUCUGUAGGCCCCUCCAUGCUGAGUGCAAUCAUGGCCGGGCUGGGCGGGAUUAAUCGGCCUCUAGUACCACAGUGCCCCGCAGUUAACUGCACGUAUCCCGACUUUGCCAGCCUCGGGGUGUGCAGUAACUGUGAAGACAUCACUAAAAAUGCCGUCCAGACCUGCAGGCCCAUCACAGACAAAAACUCAUCCAUCUGGAAAGAUGUUACGAUUUAUGGCGACCGCUAUCGCUCGACCCCCUUUAACUGCACUUACUCGUUUCCUAACGGGUUUUCUUUCUUUCCCCCUAUCACGUACUUGGCAAGUCCAUCCAUCGACACAGUUGAAGUAGCGCGUCAAACCUUUAAUCUCCUUAGUGUUGGCGACCAUAGCACUCGCGACCUGGUUUCUUUCCUCAGCGCAAGAUUCUCCCGCAAACUCAUCUACACUUCCCACAAUGCCAGCGCCGUGGAUGACAUCCCCACCAUGACCAACUGCACUGUGUACCUGUGCGAGAAGGAGUACACGGGGAAUAGGAUUUCCAACGAGGCGCAAAACGUGCGACCUUCGCGAAGCCAGCGCUUGGUGCCAAAAAUCGAGAGCGGCAAAGGGCAAAAUGUCUUGCCUCUCCUCCCUGAGCACGGGGCCAACACAUUCUCCACACAUGCCUCCUACCGUAUUGAACUCCUGGCCCUUGAAAGCCUCUGGAGCACCAUAGAAAGCAUGUUCGAUACGAAUGUCAAGCAGUCAGAUGGGGAAAACAUCAUAUCAGCACUCCAGUCGUCCGCUAUCUUCUGGAUUGGCGACAAUCUCACCCAGUCGGUAGACGCCAUGGCCACUAGCAUGACAGACCACAUGCGGUUGAUUGACAAGGCCAAUGCCGUGCAAGGAUUAGCCUACCGGACCGAGACUUAUAUACAUGUUCGCUGGCCCUGGGCCAUUGCCCCUGUAAUCGCGGUCGUGUUGUCCAAUCUGCUGUUUAUCGCCACGGUGUGGGCAAAUCGGGGGCAGCCAAUCCUCUGGAAGUCGUCCGUGUUCCCGCUCCUCCUCGGACGGUUGCACACCUCUGCAGAUUACGAUUUCUUCGGUCUACAUCGGCUGGACGACUGGCAGGCGAUGUCUCGGAAAGUAAAUAUCAUUGUGGAAGAGAAGCAGGAGGGUAUAAAUUUUACCGAGCGAUAG